AUGGAGGAAGAGAGGCUAACUCGGACUGACUCAGCUGACUCGACCGAUAAAAAGCGAGUCAGAGACGAGUCUGACGAAACGGUUCUCAACUCGCCGGAGGUGAAGAGGUUAAGAGAUGAUUUAUUCGAUGUUCUCGAUGACUCGGAUCCUGAACCAGUGAGUCAAGAUCUCGACUCGGUUAUGAAGAGUUUCGAAGUCGAGUUAUCCGCUGCGACGGUUACCACCACGGUCGCCGAAACUCAGCCGGAUCUCGGUUAUCUUCUAGAAGCUUCCGACGACGAGCUUGGCUUACCACCGCCUCCGUCGGUUUCUCCGACUCAAAUCGUGAAAGAGGACGAAACGACGGAGACGUUAAACGAUUUGGUACGAGCGUCGUCGGAUUCGUCCGGAAUCGACGAGCUAUGGGGGUUUGAGGACCACGUGUCGAAUUACGGAUCUUUAGAUUUCGUUUCCGGCGUCGGAGAAGCCGGAGAUUACGUCGCUGUUGAGGGGCUGUUCGAAUUUUCCGACGAUUGUUUUGAUUCCGGCGAGCUGUUUUCGUGGCGGUCGGAGUCGUUACCGGCGGAAUAA